AAAACAACCAGCCCAAUGACAGACGGGUAAAAUUUCUAAUUUGCCUGUGUAUCUUUGUAUCCCUGCAGACCAUCAGCAGAGCGUUUAUGAAUGGCAGCGCACUGGAACACGUUGUGGAGUUUGGCUUGGAUUAUCCGGAAGGCAUGGCUGUAGAUUGGCUAGGGAAGAACUUGUAUUGGGCUGAUACUGGCACAAAUCGUAUAGAAGUGUCAAAGCUGGAUGGGCAGCAUCGCCAAGUCCUGGUGUGGAAAGAUCUCGACAGUCCCCGGGCAUUGGCGUUGGAUCCUGCUGAGGGGUUUAUGUACUGGACUGAAUGGGGUGGUAAGCCGAAGAUUGAUAGAGCUGCUAUGGAUGGCAGUGAGCGGACUACUUUGGUACCGAAUGUGGGACGUGCUAACGGCCUAACUAUUGAUUACGCUAAAAGACGACUGUACUGGACCGACCUCGAUACCAACCUUAUAGAAUCCUCCAACAUGCUAGGCCUUGACCGUGAGAUUAUAGCUGAUGACUUACCUCACCCGUUCGGCUUGACUCAGUAUCAGGAUUACAUUUACUGGACAGACUGGAGCCGGCGUAGCAUUGAACGAGCCAACAAGACCAGUGGUCAGAACCGAACUAUCAUCCAAGGGCAUUUGGAUUACGUUAUGGACAUCUUGGUCUUCCAUUCCUCCAGGCAGGCAGGCUGGAACGAGUGUGCCUCUAGCAACGGUCACUGCUCUCACCUCUGCUUAGCGGUCCCGGUCGGUGGUUUUGUCUGUGGCUGCCCAGCUCACUAUUCCUUGAACUCUGACAACAGGACUUGUAGCGCUCCUACGACCUUUCUGUUGUUCAGUCAGAAGAAUGCAAUUAAUCGCAUGGUGAUAGAUGAGCAGCAGAGUCCAGAUAUCAUACUCCCUAUCCAUAGUCUGAGGAACGUUCGAGCCAUCGAUUAUGACCCCCUGGAUAAGCAGCUGUACUGGAUUGAUUCUCGGCAGAACAUCAUCCGGAAGGCACAGGAGGAUGGCAGCCAGAGCCUCACCGUUGUGACAAGUCCAGUUCCCAAUCAGAACCUAGAUAUGCAGCCUUAUGACCUGAGCAUUGACAUCUACAGCCGCUAUAUCUACUGGACCUGCGAAGCUACUAAUGUGAUCAACGUGACACGUCUGGAUGGGAGAGCCAUGGGAGUAGUGCUCAAAGGAGAUCAAGACAGGCCCAGGGCCAUUGUGGUGAAUCCUGAGAAAGGAUACAUGUAUUUCACCAACCUACAGGAAAGGUCUCCUAAAAUUGAGAGAGCAGCAUUGGAUGGAACUGAACGAGAGGUCCUUUUUUUCAGUGGUUUGAGCAAGCCCAUAGCCUUAGCUAUUGACAGCCAGCUAGGCAAGUUGUUCUGGGCUGAUUCAGACCUGCGGAGAAUUGAAAGCAGUGACCUUUCAGGUGCUAACCGGAUCGUGUUGGAAGACUCUAAUAUCUUGCAGCCUGUGGGACUCACGGUAUUUGAAAACUGGCUCUAUUGGAUUGACAGGCAACAGCAGAUGAUUGAAAAGAUUGAUAUGACUGGUCGAGAAGGACGUACAAAGGUCCAAGCUCGUAUUGCACAACUCAGUGACAUCCAUGCUGUGAAAGAGCUCAACAUUCAGGAAUACAGACAGCAUCCUUGUUCUCAAGAUAAUGGUGGCUGCUCGCACAUUUGCAUCGUGAAGGGCGAUGGCACCACGCGCUGCUCUUGCCCGGUUCACCUUGUUCUGCUGCAGGACGAGCUGUCCUGCGGAGAACCACCAACAUGCUCCCCUCAGCAGUUCACCUGUUUCACAGGUGAGAUUGACUGCAUCCCGGUGGCCUGGCGUUGUGAUGGUUUCACCGAAUGUGAAGACCACAGUGACGAAAAGAACUGCCCGGUGUGCUCAGACACCCAAUUCCAAUGUGAAAGUGGACAGUGCAUAGACAGUGCCCUCCGGUGCAAUGGAGAAGCAAAUUGCCAGGACAACUCGGAUGAGAAGAACUGUGAAGUGCUUUGCUUAACCGAUCAGUUCCGCUGUGCCAGUGGGCAGUGCAUCGGGAAAAGCAAGAAAUGUGAUCACAACCUGGACUGCAGUGACAGCUCAGAUGAGCAAGGAUGCUACACAACGGAGGAGCCUGCGCCACAGCCUAACAACACAAUAGGCUCCAUCAUCGGUGUGAUCCUUACAGUUUUUGUGGUUGGAGCAAUGUACUUCAUCUGCCAGAGAGUGCUGUGCCCACGCAUGAAGGGAGAUGGGGAAACAAUGACCAAUGAUUACGUGGUGCACGGACCAGCCUCUGUACCUCUUGGUUAUGUGCCUCACCCAAGCUCUUUGUCAGGUUCUCUUCCUGGGAUGUCUCGAGGUAAAUCUGUGAUCAGCUCCCUCAGCAUUAUGGGAGGGAGCAGUGGGCCACCCUAUGACAGGGCCCAUGUCACUGGAGCCUCUUCCAGUAGUUCUUCAAGUACCAAAGGCACUUACUUUCCUCCCAUUUUGAACCCACCACCAUCACCAGCUACUGAACGUUCACAUUAUACCAUGGAAUUCGGUUAUUCUUCAAACAGCCCAUCCACUCAUAGAUCCUACAGCUACAGGCCUUACAGCUACCGGCAUUUUGCACCUCCCACGACGCCCUGCAGCACAGAUGUCUGUGACAGUGACUAUGCCCCGAGCCGAAGGGUCACGGCAGCGACGGCCAAGGGCUAUACCAGUGACUUGAACUAUGAUUCAGAGCCCGUCCCCCCACCACCCACUCCACGCAGCCAGUACCUGUCAGCAGAGGAGAACUACGAAAGCUGCCCGCCUUCCCCGUAUACAGAGCGGAGCUACUCCCACCAUCUCUACCCGCCACCGCCGUCCCCCUGCACGGACUCCUCAUGAGGGGUAGCCCCCCCACCCCGUUAUCUGCCUCCGCCCUGAAAGUGUAAAUACAAAAUGUUCUACUGGGGAGGGGGGAGGGAGCUCUCGGCGAAGGAUGAGGUAGGACAGUGUACAGUUAAAUGUUAUUAAAUGGGGUGGAGGAAUAGUGAAGAUAUUUGUACAGAAGAAAAAAAAAAAAGGAUAUUUAUAUAUUUUCUUAAACAGCAACUGCUGCUUGUGCCAUAAGAAGAAAAAUUUUUGUAUAAAAGAACCCAGACAUUUGUACAAAAAGUUUUUAUUUUUGCAAAUGGAACACAAAAACAUGCCUUAAUCCAGUGAAGUGACUGAGCACAUAAGGAAACGGAAGGACCAGGAUGUGUUAUUUGUCCAGCGAGGUGAGAUGUGGGGUUUGUCAAUACCAAAAAUGUUUAAAGUAAUUAAUAAUAAAGAAGUCUGUCUCAGAGCAGCAUACCAUAGAUACUUGGAAGUAGCCAAAUAACCUCUAUGUUAACUACGGAGGGCCAGCAACUAAAGUUAAACUUGAAAACGCAGUCAGGACAGAUACUAACCUAACACAAAGGGCUUUGUUUUCUACAGGAAUACAGCAAUCCAGAAAAAAAAAAUCACACACUUUUUUAAAUGAAUACACCUCUCUCUUUCCUUAAUGC